AAGCAUCUUUUCUCUCUUGUUAUUCUUCUUUUUCUUCUUACAAAAUUUCUGGGGUUCCUUGCUUUGGGCGUCAACCUUGCCUGUCUUUCUUCCUUAUUUCCUUCUCCUGAAAUUUGCUUCACGUUGAGCUUAUUUUAAUGUGAGUUUGUGUCUGGCAUUGUUUGUUUGCUCAGAGAUUGGAAACUAACUUUCCCUUUGCACUGGGUUUUCUAUAGAUUCUGGUUGGAGAGGGAGAUAUGAAGAGAAUGAAGAAGAAAGAGAGAUGGAUACAGCACUACAGCAGCUUUCAGAAGAUACUGCUUGUGGGUGAAGGCGACUUUUCAUUCUCAGCUUGUUUAGCUAGACAGUUUGGUUCUGCUGUUAACAUGGUUGCCACUUCACUCGACCCUCAAGAGAUAGUGUAUGCUAAGCAUUGGAGCUGUGAAACACAUUUGCAAGAACUAAAAAGAUUAGGAUGUCGAGUUCUGCAUGAAGUUGAUGUGAAAGAAAUGAACAGACAUCCCACCUUAAUAAACAUGGAAUUUGAUGUUAUCGUCUUUAACUUCCCUCAUGCUGGCCAUUUCCCAGGGUUAUGUGAAAGAAAUGUCAAACUCAUCAAGAUGCACAGAGAGAUUCUGGAGGCAUUCUUUAAGAGUGCGAGUGAUAUGCUGAGCAGUGGAGGGGAAGUUCAUGUCACACACAGAGAUGACUAUCCCUAUAAUAUAUGGAAGGUGGAGAAACUAGCCAACGGAGCGGGUCUUUAUCUGAAAGAGAAAGUAGAAUUCCAAAAGAAGGACUACCCUGGGUAUCAUAACAAGAGAGGCGGUGCUAUCCAUAGUAACAAAACAUUCCCUCUCAAAGACUGCUAUACCUUCAAAUUCUCUGUUGGUACUUGGGAAAGCGAAGAAGAAGAAGAUGAAGAAGAUGAUGACGAUUAUGAUGACAAUUCCGAUGAUGAUGUUGAUGAUGAUGAGGACACUACAUCUAGUGGAAGUCUCGAUGAUGAAAUUGGAUGGAUAUUACCUGUGAUGAAACGUCUGCAUAUUAAGUGAGUAUACAACUAAGGUGCGGUUUUGGUACUCUGAAGAAAGGAAAAGCUGGUAGAAUAAAUAUGGACCAACAUUAUAUUAAACAUUGUUGGGAUUUAGCUAUCCAUAUACAUACAAUUUCUAUUUGAUCAAGAGUAUGGGCCACUGUAGAGCCCAACGCCAUCACGGGCCUUAGAUGAUGGGGCCUAAGACUCGUGAGGCCCAAUAGCCGAAGGGUAUGGUCCCUAAGGCAGGAGGGUAUAAAUCCAAGUGUCAGUUUCUUGUAUGAUAACAACGAUUUGAAACAAAAGGAACUUGUUCUCUCC